UGGUUGGGAAGCUGAAGUGAUGGUACGAACAUGUCCGCUCGCUGCUCGCCGUUGCGCAUGAGUAGGAGAUAGCUGAGCUUUUGAAGUGAUGCUACCGUAGCAGCUGUUGUCUAGUUGUGAAUACAUAAAUUUUUCUUCAGGUAAACGAUUGUUUUAGUUUCGUCUCGGCGGCACUAGCUAGCAGUGCUGCUAACGCUACCGUCAACUCUCCUGAAAAUGGCCACUGUUUCAGUACCUGCGUGCACCUCCGCACUUUUACUAGAUAUUGAAGGGACGACCACACCUAUUACUUUUGUAAAGGACAUCUUGUUUCCAUACAUCAGGGAGCAUCUUGAGGAUUACCUGUCCAGUCACUGGGAAGAGGACGAGUGCAAACAAGAUGUUCAUCUUCUGAAGAAGCAGAUUGAAGAGGACAUGAAGCAGAAUCGGGCGUGUCCUGUCCACGCCCUGGAUCAGACGGUCCACACAGACGAGGAGAAGGCCAUUAGGGAAGUGGUGGAUAAUGUGCUGUGGCAGAUGGCAGCGGACCGGAAAUCGACGGCACUCAAACAGCUCCAGGGCCACAUGUGGCGGGCAGCUUACGCCUGUGGGAGAAUCAAAGGCGAGGUGUACCAGGAUGUAGUUCCAUCCAUCAAAGUAUGGAGGGGAUGGGGCCUGAAAGUCUACAUUUACUCCUCUGGAAGCGUGGAGGCACAGAAGCUUCUGUUUGGAUACUCCACUGAAGGAGAUGUUUUAGAACUCUUUGAUGGGCACUUUGACACCAAUAUAGGGGCGAAGGUCGACCCCAAAAGCUACGAGCGAAUCGCUGAGAGGAUCGGCUGUCAGCCCGAGGAAAUCACAUUCCUAACCGAUGUCACACGAGAGGCUAAAGCAGCUGAAGAUGCCGGUGUGAACGUGGUGCUGGUGGUCAGGCCUGGAAACCUGGAGCUGACAGAUGAGGAGAGAUCCCACUAUAACCUGAUCACAUCCUUUAACCAGCUGGAGCUCAGUGGUAGCGUUUAACAGCAGAAGAGGGAGAACGUAAUCUGUAACUUCCAUUGCACGAUAUCCUGUUCCCUCACUUAGACCCCCAGCACCUGUUUUUGCAACUGUGAUGUUCUUUAUUUUAGCCACAUUGACGUAGUUCAGACAUGGAGAUGCUGCAGUAUUGACGUCCAUACAUGCCGUUCUUUCAGGAUGACUCUUAUUGGGGCAUUUGGAAUGAAAAGAGGGAAAAACACCAGCAACAAGCCUGGAAGAAACUACAUGACCUGCACUGUUUAUUUUUUUCUUUUUUAUUAUUAUUAUUAUUUUUAUUACCUUUUCAAGGAAGACUUUUUGGUUGAAAGUUCUGCACUGCCAACUUUCACCUUGCAGUUUUUGGGUUGUAUUUACUACUUUGUAAACAUUUUCCAUUCAUGUGCUGUUCUAGUAUAAAAAUGUGUUGCAGCUCCAUGAAGGUCUAUCGAAGAUUGAACUGUGACAGUGUAGUAUUUUGGCAAAUAGAACAGCAGUGUAGAUGUACGCGGCCAUGGUGCUGCAGCUGCACCUAAAGUGGGUUGUCUUAUUUAAUCCUCUAACCUGUGAUUGUAUGAAUUAAAAUGUGCCAUUUUCACUGUUAACAUUUAAAGUUCAUGGAAAGUCACCU